CAGGCGUCAAUAACAGGCGUUGAGUCAACGGCGAGAUCAAACCACCCUGGCCAACGGUAUCGUCCACCUCAACACACCACCGUCCAAACAUAACCCCUCUCACACGACCACAUAAUGAAGGUAGACGAGCUCAAGCCGCUCGAGGCGCUUCUCACGGCCGAUUUCCGCCAAAUUGAGCCGCGGCUGCAGGAGCUCGACAAACACCUGAUCCUCCGCACAUACCUCGACGGCUACAUCCUCGGGGAUAUCGACACCAAAAUCUGGCUGGCUCUCCGUGGAAAUCGUGCUGCUGUCUCAUUCAUCAAGCGGGGCAGCCUCGCCAAUCUCGCCCGUUGGUUCCAGUUCAUCGAAGAGAACCACCCCGAGAUCCAGGCCGAGGUCAAGGCCAAGGAUGCCGCCGCGAAGGCCAAGGUUGCUGCCGCUAGCAAGGCCGGCGCGAGUUAUGCCUUGGCCUUGCAAAACUCCGAGAAGGGCGUCGUGACGCGAUUCUUGCCGGAGCCCUCAGGAUACCUGCACAUUGGACACGCCAAGGCUGCCCUUCUCAGCGACUACUUCGCUCACCAAGCGUACAAGGGAACACUGCGCCUUCGUCUCGACGACACCAACCCAUCUAAAGAGAAGCAAGAGUACCAAGAUGCCAUUAUCGAAGAUCUCGCGCUAAUGGGCAUCAAGCCCGACGCGCUAUCUUACACGUCGGAUUACUUCGACUACCUUUACGACAUGUGCGUCCGCCUCAUCAAGGAGGGCCAUGCGUAUGCCGAUGAUACCGACCAGGAGACGAUGCGCGAUGAGCGCUUCAAGGGUAUCGCUUCGAAGCGGCGUGACCGGACCGUGGAGGAGAACCUGCGCAUCUUUGAGGAGAUGAAACAAGGCUCCGAGGAGGGUGUACAGAACUGCAUGCGUGCCAAGCUGUCAGUCGAUAACCCGAACAAAGCGAUGAGAGACCCCGUCAUCUACCGAUGCAACAUUGAGACGCCCCAUCACCGCACCGGCACCAAGUGGAAGAUGUACCCCAUGUACGAUUUUGCAUGCCCUGUUGUCGACAGCCACGAGGGUGUGACGCACGCGCUGAGAGCCACCGAAUACACCGACCGGAACCCCCAGUACCAAUGGUUCUUGGAUACGCUCAAACUCCGCCAAGUUUACAUGUGGGACUUUGCGCGCAUGAACUUCAUCCGGACUUUCCUCUCCAAGCGUAAGCUUGCCAAACUGGUUGACACUGGGAAGGUUUGGGGCUGGGACGACCCACGUAUGCCGACAAUCCGUGGUGUUCGCAGGCGGGGUAUGACUAUUCCUGCUCUGCGCGACUUCAUUCUCAAGCAGGGCCCUAGCCGGAACGUUGUCACCAUGGACUGGACCAACUUCUGGGCCAGCAACAAGAAGGAGAUCGAUCCGAUUGCCCCUCGCCACACCGCCAUCCUGAAGAAGGACAUCGUCAAGGUGACGGUGACAGGCGCCGAGGCCCCCGCGGAGCCCUUCUCGGCCGACAAGCCGAAGCACCCCAAGAACAAGGAUGUUGGGACCAAGAAGGUCACCUUCGGCCCGGAGCUCCUCUUGGACCAGGUCGACGCCAAGAGCUUCAAGGACGGCGAGGAGAUCACCCUCAUGGCCUGGGGCAACGCGUUCGUCCGCCAAAUCUCGGGCGGUGACCCCAUCCCCAGCCUCACCUGCGAGCUGAACCUACAGGGCGACGUCAAGAAGACGGAGAAGAAGGUCACCUGGCUCGCCUCGCAGGGCCAGACGCUGGUGCCUGCCGAGCUGUGGGAUUUUGACUACCUCAUCACCAAGGACGUCCUGCAGGAGGAGGACAACCUGGACGAGUUCCUGACACCCGUCACCGAGACGAUGGACGAUGCGUGGUGUGACGGGGCCGCAGCGGUACUCAAGAAGGACGACAUCAUCCAGCUGGAGCGGCGCGGCUACUACCGUGUGGACAAGGGGCUGAACGACUGGAAGGACGGCGAGGAGGGGCCCAAGGGCAAGAGGCUUGUGCUGUUCUGCAUCCCGACUGGAAAGACGGGGCCGAAAUAGAGAGCUAGGGUACGGACUAGGCAGUUAAAAAGCAAUGUACAAGCGGCGUGUAAGCACACUGGGCAGUUACUCGCGAUGCUUUCGUGAUCUACCUUGCUUCGGAGGCUGCUUCGACUGGUAGCACCGCCUAACGAUGGACUGGCGCCUUAUUUUUCGACAGCCGAGGCUUUUAUCUCAUGAUUUGGUGCAAGAUGUGUGAGCUACCCAUUCCGAGUUGUCUGGGUGUUGGAGGAAACUGUAUCCCAUGUUGGUGUUGGUACGGUCGUCCGCCACAUCACCGAGCGGUGGGACCGGUGCUACUCCUUGGAGGAGCAAGUCGUCUAGGGCCGUCACAAAAUCUUCUAUGCACUUGGCCAUGGCCUUGCUACCACUCUCGACGUUGACCGUAUGACCCUCAUAGUGGCAAUCGCCAUGCUGCCAAAAC